UGCUGAUAGGUCAUAUCAUGAAUAAGAUGAACAAACAGACAUUUCCAGAGUAUUGCAGCCUCUGUAAAGAAGUUCUGCCUUUCACAGACUGCAAACGAGCAGAGUGCAAGAAUGGGCACAGAUGGCUCAGGUGUGCGCUGUCAUAUCAGGCCUGUCAGGGUGUGACAUACCGCCGCUGUCUAUUGCAGGACAGUAUUGCCUCAGUAGCAGAGCCCGAGGAUUCAGACUGGAUCAAGAAAAUACUCCAAGGUCCUUGCAUCUUUUGUGACUCCCCUCUCUACUAAAGCAGUAGGGUGAAAGAUGACAAAAUCUCCACGGCUGACUACUGAAUUACUUAAGUGGGCUACAUGCCACAUAAAUGCCUUUUAUUACUUGAAAGAGAAACCUUUGAAAGUCUGUAAAGUAUUCACUAAUAGUUUUGUAAUAUAGGACAUGUGGGAAAUAUUCUUCUCAAAGGAUCUUUAUUUUAAAGCCAAGCUUGAGCUCAAAAGUGAUAUAUAAUUUUUUAUAUCAUGAAAACUAUGACUGUAUGUGUUAAUAAACUAUUCUAUUGUAAUUUUUUUUCUGUUAAUGCUGUAUAUUUUUGAUUUGUUAAUAUUAUGCUGCCACGACAUUCUACUUUUGCAUUAAAAAUGCACGCUCUUCCCGUGGGUGAUUUUAAUUGGUUAAAAUAAAUCCAUUUCCUAAUUGGCUUUGGGAACAUUUCUAUGGAUCUGCAAACACCAACUCCCCCAUCUCCAAAUAAUGACUUUUCCUUGGCCUAAAGGAAAAGAAGAUGACUGUACAAGGAAAUGAAAAACAGCGGGACCGAGAGAAAACUGUUUUAAAACUGAUCCAGCCCUCCAAAGGGCCGAACUCUAAUGAGAUACAACAGUAAUGAGGAAUGGAUCCCGGCUGCAUAUGUGAUGCCCAUUUUAAUUAAGAUAGUGAGCUUGAGUGCAUAUUGUUAAAUCUAGUUAGCCCUUUUUUUGUGGGUCGCAGGGAAGACGCAUGCAGGCCAUGAACCCUGAUGGCCCAUUCCGCACAAUGUUGCUAACAUACUGGGGUCAAUGGUAAUCAAAGAAAGACUCAGGCCGGUUGGACCCUCAGAAUGCUCUCCUCCGUGUCCGUUCUCAUCUCCGGUACAUCUUGUCGCCUUGCCCUGCGCUCUCUCUAGUGUCACUGAAGAUGAUAGCUCUCCUCAUGGCUAGUCGGCAGCCCUGUCUUAGGUUUCGGAUGGUAUCCCGAGAUAAAGCUGGGCUGAUAAUUACACACGAUUCUGCUCCCAUCUCUCGUUCGGCAUCAAUGAAAGCAUUCUGUGUACCAUCAAAGGGCUUAAAAAUAAAGUAAUCCGUGUGUUUAUGUAGUUUUUCUUGUGUUUAUUAUUCAUAGAGAGGGCCUUCAUUACGAUGCGUUCUGAAAUGUUGCCAUAUCAUUACAAUUGGCAAUGCAACAUGUAAGGGGUGUUUGAUUAUGAGGUAAUAAUGUGCAUUAUGUAUUAAUCAAAGAGCGACUAGAACACAAAGGCAGUGCUCAGAACCUCAAAUGCCGUCUGCUGCAUGUCACAGCAAAUUUGUUCACUGACAUAUUGCGAUAAGCAUCUAAUAACAUGAAUUUGAAAGCUGUUUUUAAACGAUGUAAUAGAAGAGAAAAUGAAAAGCUAUUUGGAUUUCAAUUGUACACAUAAUAUAGAGUGCAUAUAUUAAUAGUCGCAGGUGUUAAAUGUCACAGAUUAGAUUAUAACUGCAAACGUGAUUGAAAUUCCAAUUUUUUUCUGCCUGCCUCGUAUUUCCUCUCCUAGAUAUUAGAUUGUCAAAUGGAUCUUGGCCUUUGGGUUUGAGUGCUAGCUUUGUUGAUAGGUGGAGACUUCUCCUGUUGAAGAGGUUAGCUCUGUUUGGCAGUACCUCCUACUUUAAUAUAACAAUCUGUCAAAAAACAUUUCGACAAUAAUUACAGCCCCCUCCUCUUUCCUCUUUGUGUGUGCUCUUUCAAGACUUCAAAAGGAGGUUUCGUUCUUUUCUCUGUAUGAAAUAUUCAUAACUUCAGUGUUCGUGGCUUUGUGCUUUAAACAGAUAACAGACAGCUUUUUUUAUAUUAUUGAAUCUUAUAUUAUUUUGUUAGUUAACAUAUUUUGAUAUACAUCACCUUCCGUUAAGCACCUAAUUUGUUGAGCCCAAACAAUAUGCUAAGCGUCGAUCUCAAAGUCAUUCUCUCUAACAACGUAUUGCACUGAAGUUUUUA